UGUUGGUGUUGGUCCACUGUGUAUUAUCCAGUCCAAGCAGGCCCACACUGCCAAAAGUACUAAUACCUGGUUUAAGUACCAUGGUAUCCCUGUGCUUGAUUGGCCAGCAAACUCACCUGACCUAAACCCCAUGGAGAAUGUAUGGGGCAUUGUGAAAAUGAAGAUGCAAGACACCAGACCCAACAACACAGAAGAGCUGAAGGCCACUAUUAGAGCAACCUGAGCUUCCAUAACAUCCCAUAAUUAUCAAAAUUUAAAUAAAUAAAUACUUAAAAUAUAUCUUCUCAUCUUGAAAUAUACAAAUUAUUUAAUGACAUUCUAAUUUAUUAAAAUGCACCUAAACCACCCUUGCAACUGGAGGUGAAACUGUAAGAUCAUUAUUGUUCUUUUCUUUACCUUUCAGGGUUUUCUAUGUUAUGGCUGAUUGGUAUAUGUGUCAUUAAGAUGUGCAAUCUGUGCAGCCUUGAAUUCUACUAUUCAAAUAAUGAAUCUUCUCUUGAAUACUGUAUUUCCUACUUUUUUUCAUUCAGGGCCUCAUCUCAGUACGAUUGCUAAAAUCCUUUUUUUUUUGUUAUCGAUGAUUGAUGUAUUGAUGAUUGAUACCUUUAACACAGAUUCAGCAGAUUAUUGCUCUGCCCUCACAUAUGAUAAAAGUGAUGCUAAUUAUUAAAAUUGUUAUAUCUUAUCUAACUAUUACUUAUCUAAGCACCUUGUCCUUGAUUCGUUAAAUCUUAUCUAUAGCACUUGCUUAUAUAAAUACUAAUAACCGAACAACUGUCUGAUAGUUUUCAAAACUUUGUCAGACUUCGUGGAAUUUGUCAUGACAAUACAGGUAAGCCUUAUUUUUUAAAUAGACACUUACAUUUAAAUAUUUUCAAUAUGAUCAGCUUAUAAAAUGAUUUUGGUUUUAUUAGAUUACUGUCAGCUUCCUUUCAUCAUGAAAGAUAAGGAUUCAGAAAUUGCUAUUGUUGGCAUAGGAUGUAAUUUCCCUGGAGGUGAGGGACUUGAUAAUUUCUGGAAUGUCUUGCUUGAGGGAAAGAACUGUGCAGUGCCGAUACCAUUCGAAAGGUUUGACCAGAAUGAAUGGUGUGAUCAAGAUGACAAUAAGGCAGGAAAGUCACGGACAGCAAAAGCUGCAUUUGCUGAUGGAUUCAAUGAGAUUGAUCAGAGAUUCUUCGGCAUCACUGAUGCUGAGAUGGAGCAGAUGGACCCACAGCACAAGAUGCUUCUGCAGUGCACUUACAGGGCACUUGAGAAUGCCGGCAUGCCCAUGGAGAAGGCCAGUGGGAGCAAAACAGGAGUUUUUCUGGGCCUGAUGAACAGGGACUAUGAACUCACCAUGGCUAAUGUCAAUCCUGUUAUCAUUAACCACUGCACUGGUACUGGUAUAGCCAUGAGUAUAGCUGCCAACAGAAUCUCUUACGCCUUCAACUUUACUGGACCUUCUUUAUCCAUUGACUGUGCCUGCUCUUCAUCUCUUGUUGCUCUUCAUUUGGCCUGUCAAGCCAUGAGACAAGGGGACUGUGAAAUGGCUGUGUUUGGUGGUGUUAACUGCAUUUUUCAGCCAAGAGUAUUUGUGGCUCUAAGCAAGGCAAAGAUGAUCUCACCUGAUGGAACCAGCAAACCAUUUUCCAACACAGCAGAUGGCUAUGGCAGAGGAGAAGGCUGUGGUGUCAUCCUGCUGAAGUCCUUGAAAAAGGCUCUUCAAGACAAUGACCAUAUAUGGGGCAUAGUCUGCAAAACAGCAGUAAAUCAAGACGGCCGCACUGUCACUCCGAUCACAAAGCCAUCUAUGGUCCAGCAGGAGGAGCUGCUCAAUACAAUUUACUCUACAGGGACCUACCUGUCUGAUAUCCAGUACGUAGAGGCUCAUGGGACCGGGACUCCAGUGGGAGAUUCAGUAGAAGCAGGAAGCAUCUCUAAAGUCAUUGCCAAGGCACGGCCCUCAGAGUUAGGGCCGCUCCCUAUUGGCUCAGUUAAGAGUAACAUCGGACACACGGAAUCUGCAGCAGGAGUGGCAGGACUGAUUAAGGUACUUCUAAUGAUGAAGCAUGAAACCAUUGUACCUUCAGUAUUCUACUCAGAGGAAAGUUCUAGCAUAGAUGUUCAAGCUCUUAAUCUAAAGAUUCCUACCAAAGCUGAAAAAUGGGUCACUAGCAGAGGUUCAGUGAGAGUUGCUGGGAUAAAUAACUUUGGGUUUGGAGGGACGAAUGCACAUGCAGUUGUAAAGCAAUAUCUUAAGACAAAAUCGCCAAAGGAAGCUGUCAAAAAACAGCACAAUUUUUUCAUACUUUCUGCAGCAUCAGAGAAAUCAUUGGCAAAUAUGGUAAAAGACACUGUAGAGAAUAUCAGUGCGAAUAAUAUAAGUGAUUUACAAAGCCUGGUAUAUACUUCCGGCUGUAGGAGAAGUCACUGGAAACAUAGAUAUCGGAAAGCAUUUCACGCAUCAUCUCUGACUGAUUUAAAAGAGAAACUUAUGUAUGUUCAGGACAAAAAGAUUGUGCUAGCAAAGAAGCUUCCAAGACUAGUGUUUGUGUUUUGUGGGAAUGGUGUUACAUAUAAAGGUAUGUGCAAACAGCUUCUAAAAGAGGAAUCUAUUUUCAGAGAGAAAGUGAGAGAGAUUGAUGAUCUUUUCCAAAGAUACUUUAAAAUUGGCCUAGUAGAAAUACUUGAGGGUGAGUCUGAACCUGAGGUUGGUUUCUCAGCACCAGAAAUUGUUCAGCCUCUCUUGUUUGCCGUACAGGUUGCCAUCGCUAAUCUAUUAAUGCAAUGGGGGAUUAGACCAGAUGCUGUUCUUGGACAUUCUGUUGGAGAAGUCGCUGCAGCUCAUUGCUCUGGUCUGUUGUCGCUUGAGGAUGCAGUAAAGGUCAUCUACUAUCGCAGUAGUUUGCAGAGCAGAGUAACAGGAGGGAAAAUGCUUGUUGUAAGCAACAUGCCUGUAUCAGAUGUGUUAAAACGUCUUCCUUCUUACUCUGGGAGGAUUUGCUUAGCUGCACAGAACAGUCCUCAGUCAUGCACACUUUCAGGAGAAGAAGAUGCUAUUGAUAAUUUGCACAAGAGCUUGAGCAAUUCCAAUGAAGGUAAAAAUUUGUUCCUGCAUGUUUUAGAUGUGCCUGCUGCUUAUCAUAGUCACAUGAUGGAUCCUAUUGUGGGAGAAGUAGAGAAUAGUAUAGGCCAACUGCACGCACAGAACUUACACACAGAAUUAUUUUCCACAGUGUCAGGAGACAAGGUAUGCCCAACUGAUUUUGUUAAUGGUAAAUACUGGGCAAGGAACAUCCGAGAACCAGUCGCUUUUGAACAAGCACUAAAAUCAGUUAAACUGACCAAGAAUGAGAUAUUUGUUGAGAUUGGCCCAAGAAGGGCUUUGCAGAGAAACAUCAUUGAGACUCUUGGGAAUGACACUGUGGUGUUGUCAUCAGUGCAGCCUGAUAAAGAUGUUGAGACAAUGCUGACUGUUGUAUCCAAAUUGUUUGAAAUGGGAAUCAAUGUAGAUUGGGACCAGUUUUACAAAGGCUCUGAGAUGGAACCAAUUAUUUUUCCAAGGUAUCAGUUUGACAGUGUGAGGAAAGAUGUACUAACUGAAGCAAAUCUCUCUGGUGACAGUAGUGUCCAUCCUGUUAUUACACAGUUAAGUAAAAAUGGCUUAGAUUUCAGCUGUGACCUCUCCUCUGAAGCAUUGUCCUAUCUGUAUGAACAUAAACACCAAGGUGUUGCCAUCGUCCCUGGGGCAUUUUACGUUGAAUUAGGCUUAGCAGCCACCAUGACGAGUAUUAAACCAAAAAUGCCCCUCAGCUCUCUGCAGCUCAGUAUAAAGUUUCACAGUCCAUGUAUUUUGUCAGAAAAUAUACCUGACGUGAAAGUACGAUUGGAUUCGACUAAAAGCACAGCAGGGCAUAGCUUUCAGUUUAAGGUGCACUCUUCAUCAGUAAGCUAUGCAUCAGGGAAAGUUGAGUCAACACAGGUAAGGUUGCCCGAAGAGCCAUACAUUUCACUGAACUGUGUCUCUGAAAGAUGCCAAUCUGUUGUGAGUUCUGAGGAGUUCUAUAAGAACCUAGCUUUGGGUGGAUUUCAGUACGGCCCCAUUUUUAAAAAUAAGGGAAAUGUAUAUUAUGGAGAGGAACUUGCAGAAGCAUAUUCAAUUGUUACUGUUCCAGAUGAAAUAUUGCCCCAACUACAUGAGUACUACAUUCAUCCUGUAGUCCUAGACUAUCUCAUGCAACUUGUUCCUGUUACAGGAACAUAUCAUUUCUUGGGAAGGCCUGGAUUUCCUUCACAAAUAGGCAGCCUAACUGUGUUUGAACCGUUGCAGAAGGAAAUGGUUGUGUAUUUGAGAGCAACACAUAUGGGAAAUGAGGAACUUAUAAUUUGUGGCUGUUUUGCUGACAAAGAUGGCAGGGUUCUGGUUGAACUCAAGAAUGUAGUCAUUACCUACCUAGGGAAUCGCUCUCGUGUUGUAGAGGAGUACUUUUUUCACAACAGUUACAGUGUAGUGUCAGAGCCUGACAACUUCUCAACACCGACAUCAUUGGUUUUUGCUGAUGAGUUAGGAAUUUCUAAAGGCCUACAACAAUACUUGGACCCAAAGUCAAAAUACAUUUCCUCCACGCAUGCCAAAGUACUGACAGAACAUGGAUUUGAAGCUUUUCUGUCUGACCUAAACAUCCAAAAGGUCGAUACAAAUUUCCAGGAAGUCUUGUUUAUGUGGGGUGCUGCAGACUUGCACAAAACAGAGAAUGUAUUAGAUUGCAUGGCAAGUUGUUGUGAAAAUUUCCGGGUAAUUAUUGCAGGCCUUAAGUUAAUGCAUUUCCCAAACUCCAUCAGGGUAGUUACCUACCGGUCAUCAGAAGGAGCAGUAGACCACAUCAGUUCUGGUUUUGUACUGUCUGGAAUGACAAGAGCAUGUGCAGCUGAAUUGUCAGAUCUCUCCUUUCAGUUAAUAGACAUUGAUUCUAGUAAUGACCUAAAAGCUUUGGCUAAGAUCAUCAGAUCAUUUCCCUGCAGCAAAUACCCAGAGCUGGUCAUAAAAAAUGGCCAGAUUCUUAAGCCCCAGAUUAUUCACACACCGAUGUCAGACAUUUCAGAUCAAAAUAUCGAAAAAUCACAGUGUGAAAGCUUUAUCUUGCAAACCUCUGAUCCCUACAAAGCAACAGGCCUUUCAGCAGUUGUUUCUGAAGAAUGCCCUGAACCUAUUCAAAAGAAAAAUGUGGAGACCCAGCUGUGUAAAGUAUGCGUGCAUUCAUCAGACUAUUUCCCAGUUAGCGUUUCUGAUCUUAAAUUUGGUCAGACACUGUACUGGAACAAACACACCUCUCAGAACCACAAACUUUUAGCACUUGACUUCAGUGGAACUGUCACAGCUGUGGGAAAUGAUGUGAAAGAACUGAAAGUGGGAGACCAUAUAGUUUCCUGUUACCCUGUUGCUGCCUGUAACAAAGUUGUUAUUCCAGCAGAUGCAUGCUACAAAACAAGGAGGCUUAAAUUUCUGAAGGACACUCCCUGUGUAUCUUACUUUAUACUCGCUUGGGAGAUCUUACACUCUGCACUGCCAAAGGGCAGACACCAAAAAUUGGGUAUUUUCUCCCCUAUCCCGGACUCAGUCAUAGUGAAAGUAUUAACUGUCACAGCAGUCAAAUCAGGUUGGAGUGUCACUGUGGCCAAGAACACUGACCAACUAUGUCAUGAUUUUAAUGAGAUGGCAGCAAUUGUGCUUCUCCCUCCGUAUGAUGAAACUGUCAUUACAAAAUCCAGUCAAAUGACAAGUGUUAGAGACAUUGUCCUUGUUGCUGACAACCAGCUAAACACCUGUGUCAGUCAGCUUGCUUUUAGAGGUCAAAAUAAUGAGGUUCAUAUGAAAAUCCUUUUCUCAUCAAGCCUAAUGCAAAAGCAGUCAAUUAGAGCACAGAAAUCACACAUCUUUUACUGGCUAAAAAACAUGCAUUUGGACAGAAUAUUUGGGGGUUUUAAAAACCACACCAUUCAGAACUCAAAAAUAGAGAACACUAAUUGCUUGCUUUCAGAAUCAUACUUCAGAUGCCAGACCAUUCCAGUGGUGGUCUUGGGGCAUGAUGCCAAGAAUGAACCUUCCGAUAUCCCACUGAUACCAGAAGCCAAAAAGCUGUUCCAGAAGCAUUGUGUUUACAUUGUGACAGGGGGUCUGUCAGGACUUGGAUUUCAGACAGUGAAGUUCAUCGCUCAAAGGGGUGGAGGGAAUAUUGUGAUCCUGUCUAGGAGUGGUGCAAGUGAUCAGAUAGAACAGGAGAUGAAUAAUGUAAAAAACCAGUGUCAGUGCUCAAUCACAAGAUUACAAUGUGACGUUUCAGUCGCAGAGCAGGUUCACCAAGCAGUUACUCAGAUCGGUAAACUGUUUCCAUCCAAACCAAUCAAAGGAGUGUUCCACAGUGCAGUAAUCCUCCAUGAUGGACUAAUUGAGAGCCUAAACAAAUCCCAUUAUGAGAAAGUCAUGCGGCCAAAAGUGAAUGGUGUAAUUAACCUUCACUAUGCUACCGAGCACUGUGAUUUGGAUUAUUUUGUGUGCUACUCCUCUAUCUCGGCCUUCCUUGGCAAUGCUUCACAAACAAACUAUGCCUCCGCCAACUCAUUUAUGGAUGCCUUCUGCCAGUAUCGCAGAAACAAUGGACUUCCUGGGCAGGCGAUUAACUGGGGAGCUUUAAAUCUGGGUCUCCUGUUGAACCAACACCAUUUCCAAAGAUUUCUGGAGUCAAAAGGAAUGAUGAUCCUGGAAGUGUCAGAAAUUCAUGAUAGUCUUGAGCAGUGUCUUUUGAUUAACAAACCUCAACAGGUCGUGUGCAGAUUCCAUUUCAAGAACAUUAGAUAUAAUGUUCUGUCUCAAAACAAAUCCCUCACCCAGCGGUUAUCAGCACUGGUAGAGGAAGAGCUCAAAAAGUCUAAAAUGAUCAACUCAAAACUUGAACAGACUAACACAAUCUCUUCACCAAGUGAAUAUAUCAAAUCACUAAUAAGUGAAAAUAUUCACAUUGAACAAGAUGAGCUGAGUGAUGAGAUCUGUCUAUCAUCACUGGGUAUUGAUUCCAUGCUAGCCAUGACGUUGCAGAACCUCAUUUUUCAAGAUAAAGGAGUGAGUGUGCCUCUGGUAACAAUCCUGGAUCCGGAAAAGACAAUUUCUGACUUGAUUAAAAUACUGGAAAUGGAAAAUGGUGGAAAUGAAGAGGAUGGCAAUGACUUCCUCCCUGGUGAAGAGAUGACAGUAUUCUAGUUCUUUCCACAGAAGGUGAUUUAUUUAGCAAUGGUUGCUGUGCAGCUUAAAUUUCAAUUAAAAUUCUAGCGUUUGUCACUCAUGCACCAUUUCGUAUUUGUAUUCACUAGGAUAUUAUCAAACUACAUAUACUUAUGAAUGUUAAUGCAUAAUAAAUGUCAUAUACUUAUAAAAGUUAGUAUUUAUUUGGAUAUUGCACUAAAGUUAGCAAAUGUUCUCUGUACAGUGCUAUGGCUGUAAUAUAUACUGUAUAUUCUUGAAUUACUGUAUAUUAUGCACUAUUAUACACUAGGAAUUUGUAUAUAGUUUUAUGCAGUUCGUAGCUAGCUGAGUGUAUCAACAUUGCAUGUCAAACUUUUGGAAAUAAAUGCAUAUUUUUUUGA